AUGUUUGAUUUAUUUAAAACUCUCUUAAGAAUAGAUAAAAAGAAGAAUUCUUCUAGUAAUGAUGAUGAAGUUGUUAAUCAAUAUUCAUCUUUACCUCAUUUCAUACAACAGAGAGUAGUAGCUUAUGCAUGUGGGAAGGACAUUGGAGAGUUUCCAUUUCGUUCCAAACUCCGAUUGGCGUUGGUAUCACAUCAUUGGUUUGGUUGGGUACAGUUGUAUAUUACAAAGUUUGUCAAACUUACUUAUCAAUUGCGCUACUUCUUGAAACAUUUUAACAACAAGUAUUGUGUCAUCAAAGGACCGAGAGUUAUCUAUAUGAAUCAGGAUCUGUUGGAUCUGGGAGAUUAUGGCCCACUACUGAAUACUGCACGUAUGUUGGUAGUAGAUGAAAUCUCAGCAAAGACAACACCGCUACUCUUGAAACUCGACCAAGAGUGUAAAUGUUUGAAAACUAUUUUCUUUGCCGAUGUAGAUUACCGCCAGGUCUACCAAUUGGCAACGCAACUCAAGACGAAAACGAUUCAAAUUCAUACUGCCGAGACAAGUACCUCUUCGGUUUGUGCAAUGCUUCCAACACCAGAUGAGAUCAUUCCACCGAGUAUUAGAUAUGAGUUGUUCGUCGAGCGAUGGACAGACGAAACCUUCAAAUCGAAAGUGCAAAACCCUAAGCUGUAUCAACAUGUUGUGGAUCUAUCGUUGUACGAUCAUGUUUUAGAGAAGGUAGACGAUCCAAAUUUGUUUUUGAAUUUCGCGAAUGUCAAAACGCUAUUUCUCAAAUGCAAUAGCCAGCCAACUAUCUAUCCCAAUAUUAAAAGCUAUCUAACAGCGAUAGUAGGAGUUAAAGUUUUCAAGCUAUACAUCCACCACUUGAAUAGCGACUGGCUCGAUAUCUUACCACUUCUCAAAGUCAGAAGAUUGGAAUUAACAAUGGCGAUAUCAUAUCUUCAACCACCCAGUGGUGACAACAAUAACGCUGUUGUUAUUAAUCCUGGUUUUAGUAAUUCACAUAUCAAAUAUCUUUUGCUCAGUUUUACAAAGUGGAAUCAAAAUGGAAAACAGUGUUUGGAGUAUUUCCUACGUGGAGAUUUCUAUAAACGUCAAUUAAGGUGGUUUCAUGUUAACGAAUUCCAGUUCGACAGUGAAAUGAUAUCAUUGAUGUCACAGACCGAAUCGGUGGUCAAUCUAAGGAUUGAAACAACAAUGUGGGAUCAAUCUGUAGAUCUUUCUCCACUCUCGUGUAUGAAAUCGUUGAAAACUCUGGUAUUAAGAGGGAGUACCAACAUCGAAGCAACCAAGAAUUUUAUUGUACAGUUAGAGCGAUCGAUUGGUGAACAUCAGAUUAGCCACUUUUAUUUCUCACUGCCAAUAGGUGAAAUCGAGAGAGCAUCACUCAACUUCCAUUGGAUUGAUGACAUGGGUCCAACAAUAAAGGAAAUCAAGAAUCAUCAAAAAAAGUUGAAAUUAUUGAUUAAAGAUACUGUUCAAUUCUCAAGUAUCAAUCUCCCAAGUUAUAGUCUCAAACACUAUGAGAAUACUCAUCAAUUAUGUUUUUCCUAUGUCGAUAAAAAUAGAAAUUUUUCACACAAUGAUCCUAUUGGCAACAAAAUAGAAUGGCCAAUUCUAGGAUCGAUUCAUAAAAUAAGUAAAUUACCACACAGAAAGCUGAAUGAUAUGUCUAUGACUUUAGGUGAUGGUAGAAUGUUUAGAAUCUGGUUUGGCGAUCGUUAUACAAUUGUUGUUAGUGAUCCUGUUAUUAUAAAGGAGAUAUGGUCAAAGAAUUUUAUGAGUUUUACAAAUAGAUUUCAUAAUGAAUCAGCUCGUAUCUUAAGUGGAGACUACACCAAUUUAGCAACUGCCGAUUACCAACACUGGAAACCAAUGAGAGCAUUGGUAUCUUCAUCACUCACCAAAACAAAGGUUAGAACAAUGAACACACUGAUUGAGGAUCAAUCAAGAUUCUUAAUUGAAUCGAUGAAAGAAUUCUCAAAUUCAGGUCAAAUUUUCUAUCCUGAUAGAUAUUGUAAAAAGUAUGCAAUGAAUGUUGUUUUGGGAACGGUCUUUUCAAAGACAAUACCAUAUACUGAGGAUGUACAUGGCGGUAUUGUAGAUAGAUUGGUUAUGCCAUUUCAAUUCAUUUUAAAGUCAAUGGCACAAGGUAUCAUGUGUCAUUUCAUUAACAUUCUAAAGCCAGUUCUAUGGUAUAAUACAUAUCGUGUUGCAAGUGAAAUUCAAAAGUGUAGAGAAUACAUAAAAACUAUCUACGAUGAACAUCUUAUUGAUUUCGAUGCUGAAAAUCCAAGAGAUUUAUUUGAUAUUGUAAUUGCAGAGUGCAAAGAUUCAGUUGAUAGGAUAUUAAGAGUUUCACUUGACCUUCUUUUGGCUGGAAGUGAUACAAGUGCAUCAACUAUCGAAUGGUCUAUGCUAUACAUGAUCAAUAAUCCAGAUAUUCAAGAGAAAGUGACAAAAGAAUUGAAACAAUUGAAUGUUACUGAAAUCAAUGUUUCACACAAACCAAACACACCAUAUACCAAUGCCGUGAUUAAAGAGGUGUUGAGAAUAAGACCAUUGGCACCAAUGGGAUUGAACAGAUCAAACAAUGAGGAUAUAGAAGUUUGUGGAUAUUUCAUUCCAAAAGAGACACAUAUGUUAAUGAAUAUCUAUUCGGUUCAUCACAAUCCAAAGUAUUGGCCAAAUCCAGAGCAAUUCAAUCCCGAUAGAUUCUUGGAGCCAGAGAAUGUGAACAAUCAUGAAACUUGGAUUCCAUUUGGUGUUGGUCCAAGAAAUUGUGUUGGUUUAAAUUUGGCAAUGGAGGAGAUAUAUGUUGCAUUUUCAAAUAUUUUAUUAAACUUUAAAUUGAAAUCUUCAACUGGAUCAACACUUGAUGACAUGGAGAUAUAUGGAUUAACUAUUCGUCCUAAAAUGUAUGGAGUACUAUUGGAAUCAAGGAAACAAUAG